GAAAAACAAAGCUUGACCAAAUCCACACCAAAUACAUACCACAACCUUCGUCCAGCCGUGCUCCUCUUUAAAAGUCCCAAUCUUCCACCAUGUGGAUCUCUUGCUAACAUCCUGUUGGCGACCUUUGCUCGUCGGUCGACCCAUUGUCGAGCUCUUGUUUGACUUUUGUAUUACUUGUCUAUAGCGACAUGCAUCAUACCCAUUCAUCCUCGUCCUCCCAGCCUCGUCCUAUUCUCAAGCAUCAUCAUCAAACAACUCCGAACUACAGUCGUGUCAUCGGGUCUCCAGAACGCCUUCAUGCUCGUGGGUGUCCUGGACGUACUUAUACCCUGGACGGGGAGCGUCCAGUGAGCUCGUCAUCUCCCUCAAAACGAUCACAGCAUGGCAUUCAUCUCCACCCCCGUGCCGUGUUCAACCAUCAAUCGCCGGUUUCGCCCCCCAAACCGGGUGGCGUUGAUGACCGCACUCCUUGGCGCAGCUCCCCAACACAGCCUCCUUUGAUUCCCGACCUGUCUUCGGAGUCGGACGAGAGUGAUGGCUCCCCACUAGAUUCAUAUAACGCUUCUUUAAAACCUGCUCCAUCGAUACCAUGGCCCCGUACUCUUGGAGAGCCCAAUGUCUACCUAAUGACACCCUCAUACGAUCAUUACGGCUAUCCUAAUAAUAGCCCCAAUGUUCACCCAACUCUGCCAUUCCUCCCGUACCCUCCUCCUAACGACACGCAUAAAGUCCGCCGUCAGAGACAGAGGGACCGGUCACGGGAGCGUGAGCGCGAGCGAGGAAGCAAAUAUGCCCUGGAUGAUGGAGCACACGACAAACCCAGUCACAGUCCCUUUGCGCUAUGUGGAGGCUUUUCAACCUCCGCUCUUGACGGACCGGAGGACAGUUGUUUGGGAGGAUUUUGAUGAUGAAGGAUUAUAGAAUGAGGUGUUUAUGUGGAGGUGUAUAACGACAUUACGACUUCAGAGAUUCCCAUACCGCCUGUUACCCGUAUUAAUGGCGUUUAGAUUUCCCCUGUUGUACUGUGUACUCAACCAUUCGAAUGGUUCAGCAUUGAUAUCUAU